AUGAAGAGAAAUUCUUCAGUAAUUUUCUUCCUUGUGGCUCUGUCACAAUUCGUCACAAUGGCUUUUCUCAUUAUCGGAUCGAUCACAGCCCCGAUUUUCAAACAAAUAGGCUACUCUAAAUACGGUGAGAUCACGUACGGCACAUUCGGGUACUGUAAAGAUGGUUCUUGUUCCAAAGCAAGCUAUAACUACAAUCCUGAUGAAUUAUCAAACAGUGACGAUAGCUGGAAGCUUAACGGCAAUGCUAGAUCUAUACUGGGAAAAAUCAUCUUUAUCACACCUAUCGCUGCUGGUCUAAACUUUUUGGGAUUUCUUUCUACUAUUAUCAGCAUUUUAUUAAUUAACGUACUCUCCAGUGAAAGAAUUGGUGGUACAUCCGCCGUCAUGUUUUUUGUCAACUUGGCAUGUUCCACUCUAGGCUUUCUUUCCGCUUCUUUGAUAUGUGUCGUAGUGUUUUUACUGUUUUACCCUCAUGUUACCUGGUGUUCAUGGAUUUUGAUACCGGGGGCUGCUUUAUCCUUACUAGUAAUUCCCGUGAUAUUCUUGGCUUACUCAGGAAGCUCAGGUUCAAGAGGAAAUGAUGAAAUGGAGGAAUUGGAUGAAAAGGGUGUGCUACUGAAUGAUCCAUAUCUAAAUGCAGAAACUGGAAGAUUCAAUAUCGAUGCCGAUGGAGAUUCGAACGCGUUUGGAGAUUCAAGAACAAAUUUAUUGGGUAGUACCUUCAAUAAUCACACAAAUGCCACAGUUCUCCCAGAUAUCACUCCACACCGUCAAGAUCCGAAGUUAUCAAACGUAACCACUUCAACCACAUCUGAUGUAUCCACUUACGACAAAGAAGCUAAAGAAGGCGGCAUCUCUAACAUAUCCGAAUUCAAUGACGAAGAGGACGAUGGUAUGGCAUAUGACAAGAGAAGAUCUACUUCCACGUAUUCCGUCAUUGAAAGUGAAAGUGGCUUGAAAAGCAGUGGCACCGCCAAUAAUUACAUGAGAAAUAAUGGUAACAGUUCCAAUAAUAGUGUUAAUCAUAAAGUGCCACUAGGCAAGACGGAAAUUUCAUCUAGCCCAUCAUUGGCGUCCUCAGACUACUCUCAAAGGGACGUCAUACCUAACAGAAAUCCCUCGAGAUUAUUAAAUGAUAUCAUGGAGACGUCGUUUAAUGAACCGAACGACGGCCAUAUCAAUAGCGUGUCCUCCUUCAACGAUAAAGAUUCAAACCUAACUUCAAUAUCACAAAGGGGUGUCAACCCAGAACUUUACAAUCAAGCGCCUCGAAUAAUAGCGACUACCCCUCAAAACAUAAUGCCGUACGCUGGUCAACCACACCCAACUCCGUUAGUAUACCCUCAACAACACCAACAACCGCAACAAUUACAACAACAUCAGUACAAUUUAUAUCAAAGAAGUACUCCUGCUGGUCCAGAUCCUUCUAAUGCUAUUCUACAAAGCAAUCCUUAUUUCAAUAUAGGCCCAAGCCAACAGCCACAACGCCGAAAUCCGGUGCCAAGAGGCAGUUUUGCCCCAAAUCCAUUACCAAACCAGAGUCCCAUAACACAAGGUUAUAAGCCUGCUUAUAAGAGAAGAUUACAAAACAAAAAUCUACCCAGAGCCACUACUUCAUUAAACAAUCCGUACGGGUUCAGGUAA